AUGCCUUCCACCAAGAACACCACCGCCCAGACCCCCGGCUACCCUCUCAGCUGCAGCGUCAUGGCCAAGCCCACCAAGGACAACCAGACUCCCGGCUAUCCCCUGAGCUGCAGCGUCAUGAAGAAGCCAGCUGCCAACGGUCAAACCCCCGGCUACCCCCUCAGCUGCACUGUCAUGUAA